AUGGCACGCACGAAGCAAACUGCACGCAAGAGUACUGGGGGGAAGGCCCCGAGGAAGCAACUGGCUACGAAGGCCGCUCGCAAGAGCGCACCAGCGACCGGUGGUGUGAAGAAGCCUCAUCGCUACAGGCCCGGCACCGUUGCUCUCCGUGAGAUUCGUCGAUAUCAAAAAUCAACUGAACUGUUGAUCCGCAAGUUGCCGUUCCAGCGCCUGGUGCGCGAGAUCGCCCAGGACUUUAAGACCGAUCUUCGUUUCCAAAGUUCCGCUGUCUCUGCUCUUCAAGAAGCCAGCGAGGCUUACCUGGUUGGACUCUUUGAGGACACAAACUUGUGCGCAAUCCAUGCCAAGCGCGUUACAAUCAUGCCCAAGGAUAUCCAGCUAGCCCGCCGCAUCCGCGGAGAGCGCGCUUAA